CGUUUUCUCUUCUCUGUGGUACGGUAUUGAUUUACGUUUUCAGACAUGGCGGACAAUGCAGGCAAUGCCGCCGACAUGGCGAGGAUUCUUGCCAAUGUGCACAUCAUUGUGGGAUUUAUACUUUUCUGUUUUGGCGUCGCUGACCGUGCAAUUCAAAACACUGAAACAGGUUUCGGUAUUUGGAUGGGUGUUUGGAUGUGCGUAGCAGGAGGUCUGGGUAUACCUGGGACUCGCAAAGAACGAAGUACUUCACGCAAUGCGUUUGCUGGUGUGUUUAUGGGGUUUUCCAUCACCUCAGCCGUGUUUGGUGGAAUAAUCAUCAUUUGUUACAGCAUGGCAAUUGCUAACCAAAGCGACUACAGGUCUGACCCAUACUACAAUGACUACAAUGGCUAUGGUCCUACAGAGGACUACUACUUCACUGGAUAUAGAAGAUAUGUCAAUUGGGACACAGAAAUGACUCUAAAUGCCAUCAUUUUGAUCCUUGGCAUUGUGGAGUUUGGCAUUGGGAUCUGGGCUGCCGUGUGCCUCUUUUCCAGUGAAUACUUGAGAUGUGCACCAAAGUUUGGUGGUAGCCUGGGUUUUAACCGUUCAGAUAAAUGGACCAUUGCACCUUAG